AUGUCGGGGAAAAUGACAUUGUACAAACUGGUGGUGCUAGGUGAUGGAGGUGUUGGGAAAACUGCUCUGACAAUUCAGCUAUGUUUGAAUCAUUUCGUCGAAACAUAUGAUCCCACCAUCGAGGACUCCUACCGCAAACAAGUCGUAAUCGAUCAACAGUCUUGCAUGCUCGAGGUUCUCGACACAGCCGGUCAGGAAGAAUACACCGCAUUGCGCGACCAGUGGAUCCGAGAUGGCGAAGGAUUUGUCCUAGUCUACAGCAUCACAUCACGCGCCUCUUUCUCACGUAUCACCAAAUUCUAUAACCAAAUCAAGAUGGUUAAGGAAUCCUCUAGCUCGGGUUCUCCCUCUGGCCCCAGCUACCUCAACUCUCCUAUGGCUAGUGGGUCGCCACUACCCGUUCCCGUAAUGCUCGUUGGCAACAAGAGCGAUAAGGCCGUUGAGCGCGCCGUCUCCGCACAGGAAGGUCAGGCUCUCGCAAAGGAGCUGGGAUGUGAAUUUACUGAAGCUUCCGCCAAAAAUUGCAUCAAUGUCGAAAAGGCCUUUUACGACGUCGUCCGCAUGCUACGUCAACAGCGACAAGCUCUACAGGGCCGUGGUCAAGAUCGUCGUCAGCCUGGUUUCGGUUCUAGUCACCGCGACCGAGACUCUGGUCCUGAAUAUCCCAAGUCUUUCCGCCCCGAUCGGUCGCGGCAUCGCAGUCGACAGUGUAUCGUGCUGUGA